GAGGCGGGGCGAGGCCGGAGGCGCGGGAGGGCCGCCAGAGGGUUGCGGGGGCGCCGUGCAGGAGACCAUGUCCGGGGGCAGCAGCUGCAGCCAGACCCCAAGCCGGGCCAUCCCCACCACUCGCCGGGUGAUCCUCGGCGACGGCGCGCAGCUCCCGCCCGGGGACUACAGCACCACCCCGGGCGGCACGCUCUUCAGCACCACCCCGGGAGGUACCAGGAUCAUCUAUGACCGGAAAUUCCUCAUGGAAUGUCGGAACUCACCUGUAACCAAAACACCCCCGAGGGAUCUGCCCACCAUUCCCGGGGUCACCAGCCCUGCCAGUGAAGAGCCCCCCACAGAAGCCAGCCAGAACCACUUGUGCAACAGCCCAGAAGAUAAGCGGACGGGCGGUGAAGAGUCACAGUUUGAGAUGGACAUUUAAAGGAGCAGCCCGCGGAUGGAGCGUUGCCUGUGGGCCCCUCAGGGGCCCUUCUCUGGAGAAGAGCCACCCCAGCCAGGCCUUAUGAAAGUUACCCUACUGGGGAGGUGUCUGGUGUGGGACCGGCCACCCUCGCCCUCGGCUCCCUGACUCAGGGCACCUGCCCUCCCUCCCUCUUUCUGAACACCAGCAGAUACCUCCUUGUGCCUGCGCUGAUGCAGGAGCUGCCACCGCAAGGUGGGGGCGACUCCCUCACACACACCCUGCAGCCAAGUGCCAGGAAGUGGACAAGGACCAGCCCUUCUGAAAGGUGGUCAGGCCCUUCCAGCCCCCUCCUCUGGGGCGUACCCACCCCUUCCGUUGCCUGGUGUGCCCAGGAAAGCUCCCCUGCCCUUCCUUCCCCGAGAGAGGAAAUAAAGGCCACCAAUGCCCUAGGGCCAAGA